CCGGGUGGGCUGUGGGUUGCAGCUCCGCUGCGCCUCCUGGCAGACGCCGUCAGGGCCUGUGCUGGAAUCCCAGACCCUCGGUGCGCCGUAGGCACCAUUCCACUGAGUCCGGGAAACAGUCUCGCCCCCACCUGCCCCUAAGGGCAGCUGUGCCGAAUCUCUGGGAAGAGAACGGGGCGGGCGGGGGGGGGGGGGGGUUAGCCCGUGUUUGACUAAAUCGCUACCUGGGGGAGACUCCCUAGAGAGUACAUCUAGGCAUAUAGAUUGAUGAGCUUCUAGUGGGGUCCUGCCUGGGGCGGGAGGAAGAGAGUCUGGCAGGGGAGUGUAGGCAGGAGCAUACGUAACCAUAUCACCCAAGUGGAAAAACUGGGACAGAUACCAGUUUCCGAAGCUUAAGGAAACUGCCUUGAAGACAGGCCGUCAGAGAAGUAUCCUAUUUGGAAGGGAUGGAGGGAGAUGAGGCCAGCACCAAAUUUGGUUGGGCCCCAAAUGCAGAAUGGAGUAGCUGAAUAGUUCCACCACGUAACUGGAAGUCAGGGGACUUUGUAGAGUCUGACUUGAGAUGUGUUUCUCAAAAACACGUGGCAGCCUUACCACGUCAAAGUGUGAGGCUGGAUUAAGAUGAAGAGCCUGGAGGCAAACAGCCUGGCAGCAAAGAGACGAAUCUGGAAGCUGUCGUAUCUGCUCAAGGGACAGGCAACCGUGUGCUGCUCUACCAGUCUCUGCUUGCCGACACCCUGCUCAAGUGGCCGACCUUCCUCCUAAUCAUAGAGCCUAAUCAGUAAAAAUCCCGACUGGGCCUCUUACAAGCUGGGCAUCUUCAUCUGUCUGAACUGCUCCGGAGUCCACCGCAACUUCCCAGACAUCAGCAAAGUGAAAUCCGUGAGACUUGACUUCUGGGACGACAGUAUUGUGGAGUUUAUGACUCGCAAUGGGAACCUCCGAGUGAAGGCCAAGUAUGAAGCCAGAGUCCCUGCUUUCUACUAUGUCCCCCAGGCCAACGACUGCUUGGUCUUAAAGGAACAAUGGAUUCGAGCUAAGUAUGAGAGACAGGAAUUUAUGGCUGAUGGGAAAAUCAUCUCGCCCCCAGGUAACCGAGAAGGGUUCCUGUGGAAGCGGGGCAGGGACAACGCACAGUUCCUGCGAAGGAGGUUUGUCCUCCUGGCAAGAGAAGGCCUCCUGAAGUACUAUACUAAAGAAGAGGGUAAAGACCCCAAAGCUGUCAUCAGCAUCAAGGACUUGAAUGCCACCUUUCAGACGGAGAAGAUAGGGAACCCCCACGGGCUGCAGAUCACCUACCGGCGAGAAGGCCACGUCAGGAACCUGUUUGUGUAUCACGAAAGUGGGAAGGAGAUAGUGGACUGGUUCAAUGCCCUCCGUGCAGCCCGUCUUCAGUACCUAAAAAUGGCCUUUCCUGAGCUCCCAGAGUCUGAGCUCGUGCCCCUCAUCACCAGGAACUACCUCAAACAAGGCUUCAUGGAAAAGACGGGUCCAAAGCAGAGAGAACCUUUCAAGAAAAGGUGGUUUGCCCUGGACCCCCAGGAGCGGAGGCUGCUCUAUUACAAGAACCCACUGGACGCCUUUGAGCAGGGCCAGGUAUUUCUCGGGAGCAGCGAGCAGGGGUACCAGGUGUACGAAGACCUGCCCAAGGGCGUCCGGGGCAAUCGCUGGAAAGCCGGCCUCACCAUGGUCACCCCCCAGCGAAGGUUCGUCUUCACCUGCCCCAGCGAGAAGGAGCAGCGCGAAUGGCUGGAGAGUUUUCGGGACGUCCUCUCCCGGCCCCUGACGCCCCUCAACCUCCUCCGUAAGAGGCCGGACCUGGGGGUUGUCCUUCUGGCCGAGGGUGGUGGGCGGAAAGGGGCUUCCGCACCUGGGUUCAGCCGGGAGCCCUGAAACCGGGCUCAUGGCUCCGGACUGCCCUCUUUCCCUUUUCUUCUCUUCCUGCCAAAGAAAAGUUCAGACGGCGCACGUUACUGCCAGAAAACCCUCUCUGUCCCCGCCAGGUCCCUCGGCCUUUCCCCGUUAGCAGCUGGAGGAGUUUGGCCCCGGCGGCACGGGCGGUUAGCGCCCCUUUCCCACCCUGCUCCGUGCAGGAGCCGGCAGCCUCUCUGUGCCGCCGCCCCCUGUCCCUGAGUCCCUGUUCUCGUGAGAAAACCCUGGCCUGUUGUUAAGGUCACCCCCGCUGGGCAGCUCCUGGGAUUUCGGAUUCCUCCCCACGGAGGGAAGGCUAUUUUUAGGGCCCUUUUUUCUCUGGGUCUCCCCUCCCCCACCCUGCUCCUCCCUUCACCCCAGCUGUGUCACGAGCAGGCUUCCCCAUCUGCAGACGCCCCACGAAAGGAGGGGGGAUGUUCGGAGCCAGAGCAGGAAGCUUCUGGCCUGGGUCUGGCUUCUGGGACGCUCGGAAGAAGUUCUGUGUCUGGAAAAGUACAGCCUGAGCAGGUGGCCCCACACGGCUCCUUGGGAGAAACCCUUGUGCCCUCUGAGUCUGACCUGUAUAAACACAAACUGGCUUCAUUUUCCAAAAUCCCAAAGCCCAGGAGCCUCAGCAAUGGCCUCGUGGUUGGUGGUGAGGCAUGUCAGCUGGCGUUUUCUUUUCCCUGGGGGCCUGUGCGGCUGCAUCUCUUGUCUGUUUUUCUCUGUUUGCUGCAUCUCUUUGCUUUUCUCUCCUUCUCUAGUGUGUGUCCCCUCUAUUACCUUUCCAGUCCGGUUUUUAUUUUGUCAUUGUUCCCUUGUCCCCCGCUGUCCCUUCCCUCCAGUGGGACUUCGUUGGCAGGGCCACACCUCAAUCCUCUUCUUGUUCCCCUUGCAGCUGCAUCAACAGAGAGUGGCUGCAGCAGGUGACCCACUGGCCACCCGGUGUACCCGGUGGGAAGGAGUUCUCCCCUCGGCUCUGGGUGCCCAGUAGGAGCGCCCCACAGUUGGCAGCUGUCAUGGGCAGUGAACUCUACCAAGACCAGAGCUUUGGCCUUUAUCUGCCAGCUCCUUGGGCCUCCCCACUGCCCGGCUCUGGGAACCUGGUAAAUGUCCUCAAGGCCCAGGACAUCUCAAAUGAAGGCAUUGCCAUAGAAAGAACCACAGCAUCAGACAAGUGGCAUUCUUGCUGGAAAAAAAACAGCAAAAAAAGUUUACUAUGAAUCUAACCAUGAACAGAGUUCCUGUUAUGGCUCAGUGGUUAAGAACCUGACGUAGUGUCUGUGAGGAUGUGGAUUCGAUCCCUGGCCUCGCUCAGUGUGUUAAGCAUCCAGUGUUGCCACACCCAGCAGUGUAGGUUGCAGCUGCAGCUUGCAUCCAGUGUUUUGACUAUGGUGUGGGACUUGGCUGCAGCUCCAAUUCACCCCCUAGCCCUGGAACUUCCAUAUGUCGCAGGUGUGACUGUAAAAAGAAAAGGGGAAGAAAAAAAAAAAAAGAAUUUAACCAUGAGGAAAGAAUCAGACAAAUCCACAGUAGAGAAAUUCUGCAGAACAGCCGGCUGAACUCUUCAAGAAUGUCAGUAUCUCGAAAGAUCAAGUACUCUGGAAACUGCUCUAGGUUAGGGGAGACUAAAGAGACAUGGCAACAAAAUGCAAUUCAUUGUUCUUGAUUGGAUCCUGGAUUGAAAAAGAAACAGUUUUAGGAGUUCUCAUGUGGCUCAGAAGGUUAAGGACCUGGUGGUGUCACUGCAGUGCCUUUGUCUACUGCCGUGGCAUGGGUUCAGUCCUUGGCCCAGGGAACUUUUGUAUGCUCUGGACGCAACCAAAAACAAACCAACCAACCAACAAACAAAAAAACAAUUUGAGGGAUGUGAUUGAGAAAACUGGGGAAAUUUAAAGAAGGAUGUAUAUUAAGCAGUAGUUGUGAGAUUGUGAUGAUGAUGCCGUGUUUGUGUAGGAGAGUGCUCUUGUUCGUAGGGGAUCCAUGCUAGAGUGUUCAGGGGUAAAAUGUACUCUUGUCUACAACUGACUCUUAAAUGGUUCAGCAAAAGAUAAGUCUUUGUAUGGAUGUGUGUAGAGAGUAUAUAGAUACAUAGAUAGUGUGUGCGUCUAUGUAUGUGUGGAAGACAGGAAGCCUAUGUUUACACACCGCACACACACACACACACACACGGGAGAAAGAAACUGUGCAAAAUGUUAGCAACUGAUGAAUCUAGAUGAAGUAUAGCUGGAUAUUUACUGUCCAAUUCAUGCAAAUUUUCUAUAGGUUUUUUUUUUUGCCUCUUCUAGGGCUGCUCCCAUAGCAUAUGGAGGUUCCCAGGCUAGGGGUCGAAUUGGAGCUGUAGACGCUGGCCUACACCACAGCCACAGCAAUGCAGGAUCCGAGCCGCCUCUGCGACCUACACCACAGCUCAUGGCAACGCCGGAUCAUUAACCCACUGAGCAAGGCCAGGGAUCGAACCUGCAACGUCAUGGUUCCUAGUCGGAUUUGUUAACCACUGAGCCACGAUGGGAACUCCCCUCUAUAGGUUUUAUAGUUUUCAAAUUUAAAAGUCAGAGGGAAAAGUUCUUUUUUUAAUCUUUUAUUUUUUUUCAUUAAUCAAUUAAUUUAUUACAUCUGUAGUUGUAUAAUGAUCAUCACAAUCCAGUUUCACAGGAUUUCCAUCCCACAACCCAAGCACAUCAGAGGGAAAAUUUCUUUAAAAAUCUGCUUUUCAUUCUUCAAAAGUUGUAGGUUUUCUACAUGAAUCAAAAAUGUUCCUGGGAGGUGUUCCCAUUAUGGCUCAGCGAUAAUGAACCUGACUAGUAUCCAUGAGGACAAAGGUUCGAUCCCUGGCCUCACUCAGUGGGUUAAGGAUCCAGCAUUGUCGUGAGCUGUGGUGUAGGUCACAGACGUGGCUUGGAUCCCACAGCGUUGCUGUGGCUGCGGUGUAGGCCAACAACUGCAGCCCUGAUUUGACCCCUAGCCUGGGAACUUCCAGAUGCCAUGGGUGCAGCCCUAAAAAGAAAAAAAAAGAAAAGAAAAGGUUCCUGAGAAAGUUCUACUACUUUUGUGCACAUUUUAGAAAAAUUCAAAGCCUAGGCAGUACCAACAAAACAGUGUCCUCAUGGAUCAGCCACUAUCCCUAGAAAGAAAGAAGGAAGCUGAGAAGACAACUCAGCUGGACCCCAGGGUGGACAGCCCUCCAGCCCCGCUGCCAGGUCGGGCCUCACCACUAACGAAACUGCUGGAAAACUCACUUCUCCAUCUCUGUGCCUUGGUUUUUCUCCUUCAUAUGAGGAAGUUGUGUAUUAAUUACUGAAAUUCAAUGGAAGCAACCAGUAUUUUUGAGCACCUCCCAGGUACCAGGCUCUGGGAGCAGGCAGGAACCAGGUGAUGCAGUCCCUGCCAUCACAGAUUUCAGAGGCUGGGAGGCAGGAGUGUUCAGAAAGAGGAGGUGCUGGCGGCUCUGAUGCGGAGCACUAGGGUUCAUCAGAGCUGAGGGAAGAGGGGCGCCUUCUUCCCCUCCAGGAAGUGACGAAGUGACAUUGAACGGCUUAGAGGUUAGUCAAGGGAAGGGGGCCCGGAAAACACUGUCGGCUGAGGCAAGAAAACAUUCAGAGGCUCCCAAAUGGCAAAGAGGAGCGGGAAGAUAUCUCCUGUCUCAAGUGCCUGAAAUGUCAGAGAAAGAGAUCGCCCAGGUCUCUGCUCUGUGAUCCUUUGUCUCUUCAAGGGACAUGGAGAAAGACAUUGACUGCUUUCAUUUUAUUGGAGCCCCUGAGGGGUGGGGUGUCUUUAAGAGAGUCUUUGCUUUUUAAGGGAUUUUCUUUUGGAUUCCCCAGUCACAGGACAAGCAACAGCAUCUGGGUGUCUUGCCUGCAGCUUCCUGACUGCCCACAUGGAGAUGUGGGUGCUUCCUCUUCUGGCUCCUGAAGCACCUUGAAAAUGUCUGUUUCACCACCUCCUGGGUUGUAUAUUAAGGCUCAAUUUUACUCGAUUCUCUUAAUGCCUUCCCCCCCCCCCUUUUUUUUAAAUACCACCUGUGAACUCUCUUGGCUGUACUCUGCUAAGUUCUGAGGAUGAGAAAACCAAUAAAGGCACAGAUACACCUUCAA